AUGAGUUGGGUUGAGAGGGUGGCGAGGGCGGCGAGGGGCGAGGCGGGGGUGGAUAAGGCAGGGCGGGCGGUGAAUGGCCAAAAGUGCGGAAGUGGUGACGGCGGCGAGAAGGGCGAUGACGAUGACGACGGCGGCGAGAAGGGCGAGGGCGGCGACGAUGAUGAGGGCGAUGAGGAUGACAAUGAGGGCGAUGAGGAUGACAAUGAGGGCGAUAAAAAUGACAAUGAGGCGAUGAUGACAACGAUGGCGAUGAGGAUGACAAUGGGGGCGAUGGGGAUGACAAUGAGGGCGAUGAGGAUGACAACGAGGUCUCCAGAUGAGGAAUUUCAAAUAAAAAAGAUGCAAUCUCCCUGCUGUGCUCCCAAACAUGUCCCGGCAUGUUGGCAUGAGGACGGUAAGAUCGCUGCGAAUCCCGUCCAUACGGGGGCAGACGGAGGUGUCAGCGGCAUCAGCGGCGUCCGUGGGUCAAGACACGGUGCCAGAGAUAUGCUCGCUCAUAAAGGCAGAAGAGACUUGGUCCUUGAUUUGUAA